AUCCCGUGUGACCUUGAGUCUUUCCGCUGCGAAGGACCGGGCCUGCCGUUUUUACUGCCUGAAUUUCCUUCUUUUUUCCCUCCCUCGCUUCACACCUUUCCCACGGCCGCCGCGGAUGGAGCAAGAGGCCAUAGUUUUUUCAGUAGUCAUUGUAAGGGGUAAAUUAUCGGUACACCAUGUUUCCGAGAGCUGCAGACAGGUAACCUCUGCUCAGGCGGCGCGGAGGGCGCCCCGGCGGAAGAGCGGGCCUCUAGGCUGCAGUGACGAGCACCCGCCCCCCGCCCCCACGUGGUUGGAGGUUUCCAGAAGCGUUGCUUCCAUAGUGUAGCGCAGUUUACGGCCACCUAAACGGCUGUUGCUUUCUUCGUAUUCCCUCCGUGCAGCCGCCAUGAUAAGCGCCAGCCGAGCCUCAGCAGUCCGUCUCGUAGGGUCCGCCGCCUUCCGGGGCACGGUCGCCCGCCACCAGGAUGGCUGGAAUGGCCUUAGUCAUGAAGCAUUUAGAUUUGUUUCAAGGAGAGAUUAUGCAUCAGAAGCAAUCAAGGGUGCAGUUGUUGGUAUUGAUUUGGGUACUACCAACUCCUGUGUGGCAGUAAUGGAGGGUAAACAAGCAAAGGUGCUGGAGAAUGCCGAAGGUGCCAGAACCACCCCUUCCGUUGUUGCCUUUACAGCAGAUGGGGAGCGACUUGUUGGUAUGCCAGCAAAGCGACAGGCCGUCACCAACCCAAACAAUACUUUCUAUGCCACCAAGCGUCUCAUUGGCCGGCGCUAUGAUGACCCUGAAGUACAGAAAGACAUUAAAAAUGUUCCCUUUAAAAUUGUCCGUGCCUCCAAUGGCGAUGCCUGGGUUGAGGCUCAUGGAAAACUUUAUUCUCCAAGUCAGAUUGGAGCAUUUGUGUUGAUGAAGAUGAAGGAGACUGCAGAAAAUUACUUGGGACACACUGCAAAAAAUGCCGUGAUAACAGUCCCUGCUUAUUUCAAUGACUCGCAAAGACAGGCCACUAAGGAUGCUGGCCAGAUAUCUGGACUGAAUGUGCUUCGGGUGAUUAAUGAACCAACAGCUGCUGCUCUGGCCUAUGGUCUGGAUAAAUCUGAAGACAAAAUAAUUGCUGUAUAUGAUUUAGGUGGUGGAACUUUUGAUAUUUCUAUCCUGGAAAUUCAGAAAGGAGUAUUUGAAGUGAAAUCUACCAAUGGGGACACUUUCUUAGGUGGUGAAGACUUUGACCAAGCUUUGUUACGACACAUUGUGAAGGAGUUCAAGAGAGAGACAGGAGUUGAUUUGACUAAAGACAACAUGGCACUUCAAAGAGUGCGGGAAGCUGCUGAGAAGGCUAAGUGUGAACUCUCUUCAUCUGUGCAGACUGACAUUAACUUGCCAUAUCUUACAAUGGAUGCUUCUGGACCCAAACAUUUGAAUAUGAAGCUGACCCGAGCUCAGUUUGAGGGAAUUGUCACUGAUCUAAUCAAGAGGACUAUCGCUCCAUGCCAGAAAGCCAUGCAGGAUGCCGAAGUCGGCAAGAGUGACAUAGGAGAAGUGAUUCUUGUUGGUGGCAUGACUAGAAUGCCCAAGGUUCAGCAGACUGUACAGGAUCUUUUUGGCCGAGCUCCAAGUAAAGCUGUUAAUCCUGACGAGGCUGUGGCCAUUGGAGCUGCGAUUCAAGGAGGUGUGUUGGCUGGUGAUGUCACAGAUGUGCUGCUCCUGGAUGUCACUCCUCUGUCUCUGGGUAUUGAGACUCUGGGAGGUGUCUUUACCAAACUUAUUAACAGGAAUACCACUAUUCCAACCAAGAAGAGCCAGGUGUUUUCUACUGCUGCUGAUGGACAGACUCAAGUGGAGAUUAAAGUGUGUCAGGGUGAGAGAGAGAUGGCUGGAGACAACAAGCUUCUUGGGCAAUUUACUUUGGUUGGCAUUCCCCCAGCCCCUCGUGGAGUCCCUCAGAUCGAAGUUACAUUUGACAUUGAUGCCAAUGGGAUUGUACAUGUUUCUGCCAAAGAUAAGGGUACAGGACGCGAGCAGCAGAUUGUAAUCCAGUCUUCUGGUGGUUUAAGCAAAGAUGAUAUUGAAAAUAUGGUUAAAAACGCAGAGAAGUAUGCUGAGGAAGACCGGCGAAAGAAGGAACGAGUUGAAGCAGUUAAUAUGGCUGAAGGAAUAAUUCAUGACACAGAAACAAAGAUGGAAGAGUUCAAGGACCAACUGCCUGCUGAUGAGUGCAACAAGCUAAAGGAGGAGAUUUCCAAAAUGAGGGAGCUCUUGGCUCGAAAAGACAGUGAAACAGGAGAAAACAUCAGGCAGGCAGCAUCUUCCCUCCAGCAGGCAUCACUGAAGCUCUUCGAAAUGGCAUACAAAAAGAUGGCAUCUGAAAGAGAAGGCUCUGGAAGUUCUGGCACUGGAGAACCAAAGGAAGAUCAAAAGGAGGAGAAACAGUAAUAGCAGUAUAUUUUGGAGUCAAAAGGACAACGUACUAUGAAGCUUGGGAGGACUUCCUGAGCAGAAAUGGGCAAACUUCAGUCUUUUUACUGUGUUUUUGCAGUAUUCUAUAUAUAAUUUCCUUAAUAUGUAAAUUUAGUGACCAUUAGCUAAUGAUCUUUUAAUGGAUGAUAAUUCUAACAGUACAGAGUUCACAUUGUUCUGUCGUUAGCCUGUCAUUUUUCAGUUGCAUGUAAAGGGAAUAGGAUGAUUAAUUACUGAUCAUUA